UGUAACGUAAACAGACACCAUUUAACGUAUACAUAACACUUUUUUAAUCACUGUUUCAUUAAAUGUUCUGUAAAAUAUUCCGAAUUGUUGAUCCGAAUUAAGCAUAGCGUAAUAUAACCUGUGAAUAAACGUUUGAUAGCAAAAUUGGAAACGUUCCAUUUCGUUGUGCACAAAACAAGUAUUUUAUACGACAGUUUCAGUUUUUUUGGUAGUUUUCCUUGUAAAUAAAAAUGAAUUCAGUACCUCCCACCAAACCUCCAAGAGGUAUCAAACCAACGAAAGAAACGAGUGGUUUAUUAAUUUCUGUAAUUCGUGCUUUAUCUGCAAGUGAAACAAAUGAGCAAAGAGAAAUAGAGAAAGCUAAACUUGAGAAGGAAUAUAAGAAGAGUGAUCAGCGACUUGACGAGUUAGUCUCAUUGCAUGAUCAGGAUCUUGCACAAGUUAUGCAAAUAUUCAGUGCUUUAUCAGAAAAAGUAACAGCUUCUCGAGAGAAAAUUCAUGCAGUUAAAGAGAACUUGAAUGCCUGUAAACAAUUACUGAGGUGUAAACGUGAGGAAUUAUUAAAUUUGUGGUUGGAAGGAAUUGAACACAAGCAUGUGCUAAAUCUUCUAAAAGAUGUGACACCUGACUCUUCUUUUCGAAUACUUCCUGUAACAGACACAGAUGCAUUGUCAGUGUCUACAUCAUAUACUGCAACAUCGGAUCAGUAAUUAUAUUUAUAAAUAGA